GAGCCACAAGGAGAUGGAGAAGCGAUUCAAGGUGUGGGCCUACAAGGAAGGAGACCCGCCCUUGUUCCACAAGGGCCCGAUGAACGACAUCUACUCGAUCGAGGGCCAUUUCAUCGACGAGCUCGAGAGCAGCCGGAGCCCGUUCUCGGCCCGUGGCCCCGACGAGGCCCUGGCCUUCUUCGUCCCGGUCAGCGUCGUCAACAUCGUCGAGUUCGUGUACCGCCCGUACACCACGUACGCCCGGGACCGCCUCCAAAACGUCGUGGAGGACUACAUCGGCCUCGUCUCCCGGAGGCACCCCCAUUGGAACCGGACCGGCGGGGCAGACCAUUUCAUGAUCUCUUGCCAUGAUUGGGCCCCGGAAGUAUCCAAUGGCCAUCCCCAGCUCUUCAAGCACUUCAUCAGGGUCCUAUGCAAUGCCAACAGCAGUGAAGGUUUCCGACCAUCUAGAGACGUCUCGCUGCCAGAAAUCUACCUUCCACGCGGAAAACUGCUCUCGCCCCGUCCCGCCCUGCCCCCGGACGACCGCUCAGUCCUGGCCUUCUUCGCCGGCGGCGUCCACGGCCACGUGAGAAAGAAGCUGCUCCGUCAUUGGAAGGACAAGGACGACGAGGUCCGGGUACACGGGUACCUCCCCAAGUCGCUCAACUACACCGAACUCAUGGGCCGGAGCAAGUUCUGCCUGUGCCCCAGCGGGUACGAGGUCGCGAGCCCCAGAGUGGUGGAGUCCAUCUACGCCGGGUGCAUCCCCGUGAUCAUCUCCGACGGAUACGUGCUCCCGUUCAGCGACGUCCUCGACUGGACCAAGUUCUCGGUCCACAUCCCGGUUGCGAGGAUCCCCGACAUCAAGAGGAUCCUCAAGAGCAUCCCCGAGGAGGAGUACCGGGAGAAGCAGAGGCGGGUCAUGGAGGUGCAGCGGCACUUCGUGGUGAACCGGCCGGCCGAGCCGUACGACUUGAUGCACAUGGUGAUGCACUCCGUGUGGCUCAGGAGGUUGAAUUUGAAGCUGCCGUUGUGA